GCCCCGCCCUCGCCGCCAUCAACGCCUCGGCCGGGGUCUCCGGCCCCCUGGAAGAGACUCCCAGCAAGGAGGUGAUGGAUUCCUUCCUGGAUCUCGUAAGAAAUAUCUUCCCCUCCAACCUGGUGUCUGCAGCCUUCCGCUCAUACUCUACCUCCUAUAAAGUGAUACGGAACAAUGAAACCCAGGUGAAGGUACCCGUGGGGGAUGAGGUGGAGGGUAUGAACAUCCUCGGCCUGGUGGUGUUUGCCAUCGUCUUUGGCGUGGCCUUGCGGAAGCUGGGGCCUGAAGGAGAGCUGCUCAUCCGCUUCUUCAACUCCUUCAACGAUGCCACCAUGGUGCUGGUCUCCUGGAUCAUGUGGUAUGCCCCUGUGGGCAUCCUGUUCCUGGUGGCUGGCAAGAUUGUGGAGAUGAAGGAUGUGGGAAUGCUCUUCGCCAGUCUCGGCAAAUACAUCCUGUGCUGCCUGCUGGGCCAUGCCAUCCACGGGCUCCUGGUCCUGCCCCUCAUCUACUUCCUCUUCACCCGGAAGAACCCCUACCGCUUCCUGUGGGGCAUCUUGACACCGCUGGCCACCGCCUUCGGAACCUCUUCCAGCUCGGCCACUUUACCGCUGAUGAUGAAGUGCGUGGAGGAGAGGAACGGCGUCUUCAAGCACAUCAGCCGCUUCAUCCUGCCCAUCGGUGCUACCGUCAACAUGGACGGUGCCGCGCUCUUCCAGUGUGUGGCCGCAGUGUUCAUUGCACAGCUGAACCAGCGACCCUUGGACUUCGUGAAGAUCAUCACCAUCCUGGUCACCGCCACAGCGUCCAGCGUCGGCGCCGCGGGCAUCCCCGCUGGAGGCGUCCUCACCCUUGCCAUCAUCCUCGAGGCAGUCAACCUGCCUGUUCGAGACAUCUCUUUGAUCCUGGCUGUGGACUGGCUAGUGGACCGGUCCUGUACCAUCCUCAAUGUGGAAGGUGACGCCUUCGGGGCAGGACUCCUCCAACAUUAUGUGGAUCGGACAGAGUGUCAGAGCUCGGAGCCAGAGUUGAUCCAGGUGAAGAGCGAGACACCCCUGGCUCCUCUGCCUGUCCCCACUGAGGAGGGGAACCCCCUCCUCAAACAUUAUCCGGGGCCUGCUGGGAAUGCAGACAUCUGCGAGAAGGAAUCCGUCAUGUAAACCCCAGCGGGGACCUUUUCUGCCCUGAUGGGGACACUUUGGACAUUGGGAUCAUGAGGGAUGGAUAAAUGGACACACUGGGAUUCUGGGGAGCCUGGGGCCCCAGCUGCCCUCCUGGAUGCUGGAUCUCGGAGGCCUCGUUGCUGGGGUGUGUGUGUGUGUGUGUGUGUGUGUGUGUGUGUGUCAGUGUGUCUCCCCAAAUCUCCCCAGCUCCCAACUUCUGCCCCCCACCCAAGGCUAGGAAACAAGGUGGAGAAGUAGCAUCCUCCACACCUCAUUUGGGGAGCCUGCCUGGCCUCCCUGUCUCAGGACACAGGAUACCAGUCACCCCAUGGAAUUCUGCCCUCUUUGAGAAGAAGGAUGUUCAGACAUGUUGCUGGCUCCUUUGCUGCUUAUUUUGGUGGCUGUAGUUGUGUGCGUGUGUGCGCGUGCAUGCGUGAGUGUAUGUGUGCGUGUGUGCACGCACGCUGUGACUCCAUAGUACGUCCCACCCUGUCCCUGGACCUCUGUUCAUGACACAGUAACAGAAAUAGUGCCAGGAACUCUGGGUAAGGGGACAUUUUUUAGCAAUAAAAUUGUCGAGUAUAUGUAAUCAGAUGUUUUUAAGAAUAUGACCAAAAGCACUGGGGGAAAAAAAAAAAGUCUGGAUAAAUUAAACUUCAUUGAAAUAAAAUGUCUGUUCAUGAACG